GCACACUCCGCGGUUUCAUUGUUGUUUUUGGACAUUUUGACCUUUGUUGUGGACUUUAGUUUACUUUCCUUAUCGUUGUGGCCUCCCGUCAACAGUUACGUAGGAUCCACCUGUACACUGCACACCCGAACACACCAUGUCGUUCCGCCCGCUGGUCGAGGGGGAUUGCGGCGGCGUGAAUCCGCUGAUGCAGCUGGGCGGCCAGUUCACCCGCGAUGUUGCCCACAAGGAUGAGGGCUUCGUGCAGCGCCAAUUCGAGCGGGGGGCCCGUCCCGAGGAGCAGCUAAUCAACGAGUUCCUGGGCCAGGUCUCUGCACCGCCGCAAUCCUUCCAAAUGGACACACUGCUGCAGGAGAUGCGGGACAUUAACAUCCAGGGGAUGCAUCCCCAGCAGAUGCACCAGCAGCAGGCCGAGCAGUGGGGCCAGGACUUUCAACGGGGCCUGGCACCUGCGUUGCCCAACAAGAUGAUACACAUGCAGGCUCAGGAGCAGGAAUUCCAGCAUGCCCAGGAGUUCUUCGAUGAGCCACUGAUUCGCAGCCAGAACUUCCGACCGCCGUACAUGGCCAUCACGGCGGGGCCCAGCACCUCCCAUCAACAGCAGGAUCCGUUCUUUGACUCCAACAUGGAGACGAUCAUUACGGACAAUCUGCCAGCGGCGCCCAAGGGUGAAUCCCUGGACGAUUGGAUCACUGACUACCAGCGCAGCGCCGAGCAGAAGGAGCAGACGGCGGCGAACUUCAAUGAGAAGUUCUGGCAGCGCCUGCAGGACGAAUGGCAGAAGCUGGCCGAGGAGAACGAGCAUCCGUGGCUCUCCGAAUUCAACGACAACCUGGAUGCGUACAAGGAGUACGAGUUCGCCGAGGAGAAUCCCAUGGCGGAGCUGGAGAACGCCUUUGAGAAGGGAAAGGAAUACCUUGCCAAGGGUGAUAUACCCAGUGCCGUUCUCUGCUUCGAGGUGGCCGCCAAAAAGGAACCGGAACGGGCCGAGGUAUGGCAGCUGCUGGGCACCUCGCAGGCCGAGAAUGAGAUGGAUCCGCAGGGGAUAGCGGCCCUGAAGCGGGCGCAUGAUCUACAGCCGGAGAACCGUGAAGUUCUGAUGGCCCUGGCCGUCUGCUACACGAACGAGGGACUCCAGAACAAUGCGGUACGCAUGCUGAGCAGCUGGCUGGCGGUGCAUCCCAAGUAUCAGCACCUUGUGGCCAUGCAUCCGGAGCUGCAGGCGGAGGGCACUUCGCUGGCCUCGUCGCUAAUUGGACCGAGCAAGCUGCGCGAUUUGCAGCAAAUAUACUUGGAGGCAGUGCGGCAGCAUCCCUCGGAGGUGGAUGCCGAUGUCCAGGAGGCCCUCGGCGUGCUGUACAAUCUCUCCGGGGAGUUUGACAAGGCGGUGGAUUGUUACAACUCGGCCCUACAGGUGGAUCCGCAGAAUGCCAAGACUUGGAAUCGUUUAGGCGCCAGCUUGGCCAACGGUUCCCGAUCCGUGGAGGCGGUGGAGGCCUAUCAGCAUGCCCUGCAGCUUCAGCCCGGGUUCAUACGAGUGCGCUACAACGUCGGUGUGUGCUGCAUGAACCUCAAGGCGUACAAGGAGGCGGUGGAGCAUUUGCUUACGGCGCUCACCAUGCAGGCGCACACGAAUGCCGCCAGGGAGCUUCCGGCGGCGGCCAGCACGGGACAGAAUCAGAUGUCUGAAUCGAUAUGGAGCACCGUCAAGAUGGUCAUCUCGCUGAUGGGACGCAGCGAUCUGCAGGGACAUGUUGCCGAUCGCAAUCUGGCUGCGCUCAACGAGGCCUUCAACGAUUAGUCUAAACUUGUUAUAUGCAUGUCCGUCCCCCAGUUUCGCGUUUCCCCUCCAUGUUGUAUAUUUUUCUAUUGAUUCUGUCCUGUUGGGGGCAGGAAGGCAUCCAUUCCUUAUCUGUAUGAGAAUAAAUUAAUGAUUAUCUAAA